ACAAUUGUGCAAACUUCCCGGAUGUUAACGAUAAUGAUACAAGAUCUCCCAUCAACUGUCAACCAACAUGAAAUCAGCUGAGGACUCUUUGGGCUUAAAUUAGGGAAGUAAGAUAUGUUUUCCCUACUGAUAUUGGUUUCCUUAAUCGCGUGUGGGAACGCUGCAACAACAUGCGAAGAACAAAGAGAUCAAGCCUCACUAGAAGGGUUGGUUGGAGCGUUUGUCCCAGAAUGCAAUGUGGAUGGUAGUUUCAAGCCUGAACAGUGCUGGGGAUCAACUGGGUAUUGUUGGUGCGUGAACGAACAUGGCACUGAAGUACCGCGUACUAAAGUACGAGGGAAACCAGACUGCAGUAAGAAAGGUGUCCUUUCUUUUUGCCAAAGCCUUCAAGCAAUCAUCGUCAACGUUCCCGGCUGGUGUGGACCUCCGAGAUGCAAACCGGACGGAAGUUUUGAGGAAGUGCAGUGCUGUGCCAACACUGGGAAGUGUUACUGCGUGGACAAGGAGGGAAAAAAGAUCGAAGGAACGGAAAAAUCUGGACAACCAGAUUGUGAAUCUGUCACAUCGAAGUGUGAAAAGACAAGACUGGAGGCUUUAGCGAAAGGUCCUUUACUAGGACAGUUUAUUCCACACUGCAAGGAAGAUGGCUCAUUUGAGCCAGCGCAAUGUUGGGCCAGCACUGGAUAUUGUUGGUGUGUUGACGAGAAUGGCGAGAAGAGGGACGGUAGCACUGUGCGGUUCGAACAACCGAACUGUUGAAAAGUCAGAGUUCAAGAGGAAGGCUUUCGCGGGAAUGGCUACCCAAUUAUUCAGAUAAUCUGUGCUGGGAUAAAAAUUAAACAAAUAGUGCAAUAUUAGUUUCGUUGAAAACGAACGACAUAUUUGUAGAAAUAAAAUGACAAUAGUACAGAA